GCUCCUUGUACAACACAACAGGGACUGCCAUGACCCCAAAACCUGGUGUCGGACCCUCCGAUGGGAUUCCCACAGCCGUGAAGUUUGGGAUUGCCGGUGCGAGUGGGAUCUCCGCGUGGAUGUUCGUGCAUCCAAUGGAUGUUGUCAAGGUUCGCAUGCAGCUCGGGGCCGGCGCCGGGCACCCCAUGACGGCCGCGAAGCUUGUCUACGGGGAGAGCGGGCUGACGGGCAUGUACGCGGGGCUGUCGGCGGCGGUGACCAGGCAGGCCGUCUACACCACGCUGAGGGUCGGGCUGUACGACUGGAUACGGGAUCAUGCGGUACAUAAGUUCGUUAAGCAGGAGGACGUGAACGUCCUGCACAGAGCUGCAGUCGGCCUCACGGCGGGCGGUAUCGCCUCCUUCAUGUGCUGUCCCAUAGAGGUGUGCAUGGUGCGGAUGCAGUCCGACGCCCGCCUACCGCAGGCAGAUCGACUGGGCUACAAGCACAUCGGGGACGCACUCUUCCGCAUCGCCAAGGAGGAAGGGCUGCGGACGUACUGGCGAGGGGCGACGCCCACGGUCUCGCGGGCCAUGGUGGUGUCCAUGACGCAGCUGGGGACGUAUGACCAGGCCAAGACCGUGCUCCUGCCCAUCCUGGGGGACAACAAGGGGUUGCACCUCGCCUCCGCGCUGACGGCGGCGGUGGUAUACUCCUACGCCUCGCUUCCCUUGGCGAGUGACUCGGCUAAGACUCGGAUGCAGAGCCAGGCGGCGAGCACGGACGGGAAGCCGCUCAAGUACACGUCGACGCUGCAGACCCUGUCCCACAUCGCCAAGUCGGAAGGAUUCUUCAGCCUCUGGAAGGGCUUCACCCCGUACUUCUUGCGCUCUGGCACGCACACGGUCUUGAUGUUUAUGUUCAAGGAGGAGUAUACGCGCCUGGUUGAAGCGUACUACGGCACCUAUUAAAAGGCGCUGUUUCUCCCGUCUGUGCUCGGUGAAGGAGAGCUGGCGACACAAUUAUAGAAAUGACGCCCGUUUUUGCGUCACCGUCUAGAUCGUGCUCCUUGCUUUUGGUAACCGUGUUCUUUGUUUGUUUGGUGAGGGGUACGGUCAGUGAUGUCACAGCAAGUCCUAACAGGUGUAGUGUAGUUUGUACAUUGUAGCAGGUCUUGGAAUCCUGCUGUAGGGUGAGAAAAACGGGGAAAUGGUACUUUGCAGUGCUGCACAGCCCAUUUGUUGUGUGGUCGAAAGAGUUUCGAUUUUUUGUGUGGUUCGGCGCUGAAAUGGCUCAGAUUUGUUCGUGGGAUUCCCGGUAUCAGUCAAGUACUUUCCCAUUUGGCGAGCGCCUGUAUUCGUUACAGCGUGAAUUGUCGUUCUUUGCUCUUUUUUAUGGAUGCCUUUGUUGUCCAUGCUCUUACAUUCUGUCAUAGCUCAUACCACUCCUCAUGUGUGUAUUACCGUCGGGAAAUGCUUCUCUGUGCUGUCGCUCGAGCUGCGGUACCGCAAGCUCACCUGUCUCUUGAGGCCAGUUGCCCCCACGCAGGCACAAGUGUAAUUGUUUCCAAAAGAACGAGGUUGGGCAUCCCC